UAUAAAUACAAGGUUGAGCAGUUGUAAAUUCUUCAAUCUACAACUGUGUGCAUGAACUCUCAUGCUUAAAGGUCGGAGAAGAAAAAAAACUUUGCAUCAUGCCUACUUUGCUGCUCAGUGUGACACUUUUAUUCUCGAUUCAGUUGUUAUCUUCAGUUUUUGGAUUUGAGAAAUCUAAGAACUGUGCUGAGCUUUACAACUCUGAUCAAAGAAUCAGCGGUGUUUAUACAAUCUAUCCUGAUGAUAAACUUCCCUUUGAUGUAUAUUGUGACCAGACAACAGCUGGUGGAGGAUGGACAGUGAUCCAAAAGAGACUGAAAGUUUCCGAUGAUUUUAACCGCACCUGGGAUGACUACAAACAUGGCUUCGGUAAUUUCCUCGUUGGUGAAUAUUGGCUUGGAUUGGAAAAGAUCCGCCGCUUGACCGAAAAUAAGACAGAAAACAGGCUUCGAGUAGUUCUUGGGGUAAAGGCUACGAAGCGACUAGUUCCUAAAAAAACUUUUUACGCUGAAUAUGCGUGGCUUAAAAUUGGAGACGAGGAAGCGAAGUACAAGCUGAAUCUUGGAAAUAUUAUAGACAUGACUGUUGGUAACGAUUCUCUCAGUCAUCAUAAUGGCUCCAAGUUUGGUACCUUUGAUAAACAUCACGCUGGUCCUAAAUGUGCGUCAAAAAGUGGAGGAGGCUGGUGGUACGAUGAGACAUGUGCUGGGCUCUCAAAUCUCAACGCUGGAUCGGAAAAGAUCUCUUGGGCAAGGCUAGAUCGCAAACUUGCUGCUGGCAGUGCUCCCAAGACAACUGAAAUGAAAAUCAGACCUAUGAACUUUUCUUCAAAUUUACUUACUCAUUAGUUUGUUUAAAAAUGUGAUUGAAGGGCCGGUGAGUAUGGUACAAUAAGCGUAGUAAAGUAAAGCAUUCAUAUAACCAUUUGAU